UGUGAUCUAUGGGUUACUUUCACUUUCUGAUUGGGCUUGUAUAUAAGUACUGAUUUAGUUAUCCUUGACCAAAAAAUUAGAUGGAAAAUUACACUUUUUUUCUGAAUAAUUAAUUUUCUGAAAAAGCUAUGAAGUUUGCCUGAUUCUGUGGAAAGAAAGUUCAAUGUUUUUAUGUGUAAUUUUAUUUUAUGUUUAAUUUUAUUUCAAUUUAGUACUUACGGUAUGUAAUAUUUAAUUUAAAAGUUUGCAGUUUUUACUGAAUGCAUUGUCCUAAAAUAGAAAUUGAAAUCUUUUAAUUAAUUACAUAUUUUAUUUUCUAAUGAUUAUAUUUUUCAAAGUGUAGGAGAGGCUGCAUGAUAUAUGUGACACGGGGAUAUUGAAUAAAGAAUCAGAAGACUUGGCUACCUAGACCUAUCUCUGCUGCUGCGUAGUCAUGUGACAAGAAAAUAUUUAUGUUGGCAAUAAGAUAUUGUUGUGUUGGAUGCUGUCAAGUUGAUUCCGACUCCUAGCAACCCCAUGAAUUCUAGUGAUUGACCAGCACCAUUUUACCAGUGGAAUGAGUUCUCAGAAAUGGGCAUAGUGCCUUUAGAGCCAACAUGUAACAGGUGGAUGCUACUCCAUGCUGAUUACUUCUUGAAGCCAACACCUUUUUGAUUGUGUAGGUCUUUGUCUCUUCGUCUUUGAAUGUCAGUUACUAUUGUUGGCACAUAAAAUAAAAGGAGUUCAUGUAGUUCUUGCCCAAGCUUGAGUCACCAUGAGUAGUUUAGGAAAAGAAAAGGACUGUAAAGAGAAAGAUCCCAAAGUACCAUCAGCUAAAGAAAGAGAAAAGGAGGCAAAAGCCUCUGGAGGUUUUGGGAAAGAGAGCAAAGAAAAAGAACCUAAGACCAAAGGGAAAGAUGCCAAAGAUGGAAAGAAGGACUCCAGUGCUGCCCAACCAGGGGUGGCUUUUUCAGUUGACAAUACGAUCAAACGGCCAAAUCCAGCACCUGGGACUCGAAAAAAAUCCAGCAAUGCAGAGGUGAUAAAAGAGCUCAACAAAUGCCGGGAAGAGAAUUCAACACGUUUGGACUUAUCCAAGAGGUCUAUACAUAUAUUACCAUCAUCAAUCAAAGAGUUGACUCAAUUAACAGAACUUUAUUUAUACAGUAACAAAUUGCAGUCUCUCCCAGCAGAGGUGGGCUGUCUAGUAAAUCUCAUGACACUGGCUCUAAGUGAAAAUUCACUAACCAGUUUGCCUGACUCUCUUGAUAACUUGAAGAAGCUGCGGAUGCUUGAUUUACGGCAUAACAAACUGAGAGAGAUUCCUUCAGUGGUGUACAGAUUAGAUUCUCUCACCACUCUUUACCUUCGUUUUAAUCGUAUAACUACUGUGGAAAAGGACAUCAAAAACCUGUCAAAACUCAUUAUGCUUAGCAUUCGAGAGAACAAAAUCAAACAACUACCUGCUGAAAUUGGUGAAUUAUGUAACCUCAUUACGCUGGAUGUAGCUCACAAUCAACUUGAACACCUUCCAAAGGAGAUUGGAAACUGCAUACAGAUAACCAACCUUGACUUGCAGCACAAUGAACUGCUAGACCUCCCAGAUACUAUAGGAAACCUGUCCAGUUUAAGUCGUCUUGGUCUGAGAUAUAACAGAUUGUCAGCAAUACCCAGAUCAUUGGCAAAAUGUAGUGCACUUGAAGAAUUAAAUUUAGAGAACAAUAACAUUUCUACUUUACCAGAGACUCUUUUAUCAAGUCUGGUGAAACUGAAUAGCUUGACCCUUGCAAGAAACUGCUUUCAGUUAUAUCCAAUGGGUGGUCCAUCUCAGUUUUCCACCAUCUAUUCCCUCAACAUGGAACACAAUCGAAUCAAUAAAAUCCCAUUUGGAAUUUUUUCCAGAGCAAAAGUAUUAAGUAAGCUGAAUAUGAAGGACAAUCAGUUAACAUCACUUCCCUUGGACUUUGGAACUUGGACCAGUAUGGUAGAAUUGAAUUUAGCCACUAAUCAGCUGACAAAGAUACCGGAGGAUGUGUCUGGUCUCGUUUCUCUUGAGGUUCUAAUAUUAUCAAACAAUCUUCUAAAGAAGCUUCCCCAUGGUCUUGGAAACCUUAGGAAGUUAAGAGAGUUGGAUCUAGAGGAGAACAAGUUGGAAUCCUUGCCAAAUGAAAUUGCUUAUCUUAAGGAUUUACAGAAAUUAGUCUUGACAAACAACCAGUUGACCACUCUUCCCAGAGGCAUUGGUCACCUUACCAAUCUCACACAUCUAGGCCUUGGAGAGAAUCUGCUUACUCAUCUUCCUGAGGAAAUUGGUACACUGGAGAACCUAGAAGAACUGUAUUUGAAUGACAACCCCAACCUGCAUAGCCUUCCGUUUGAGCUGGCUCUCUGCAGCAAGCUUUCAAUUAUGAGUAUUGAGAACUGUCCACUCAGCCACCUUCCACCUCAGAUUGUUGCUGGGGGACCUUCUUUCAUUAUCCAGUUCCUAAAGAUGCAGGGUCCAUAUCGUGCCAUGGUCUGAUAAAAAUCCACUGGUCCCACACACUGUUCAAACAUAGACUGCCAUUAAUGUUUCAAAUCUUUAUCUGUAUCUAUUUAUGUAGAUAUUGAUAUAUAUGGCAGAUUUACAAAGACUGCAUUAUGUGUUUCUGCUAAUAGAGGAAUCAUAGCCAUUUAGAUUUUUUUUUUUUUUAAUUCUGUACAAAAGCUUAUGUAAGUUUUCUUUGCUGAACUUGAUGGAUGUUUUUCUCUUGUGUAAUCUGAUAUACCAGUUUGCCUAAAACAUUUGCCAACCAAUUAUGAAGUUACCAAAUUUAAGGAACAGAGGUAGUAUAAUUAGAUAUACUUUCUCUUGGGAAAAAUAAUGGACAAUUUUGUUGCAACUUUUCAUAUACACUUUCCCCUUACCAAUUGUUGUAUCUUUAUAGUAUUAUAGGCCCUGAAGUAGAAUUUUUCUUUAACUUAUUUUGAGAUUUGAGAUUUAAAUUUUAUAUAUUGUUUACAGUCAGAGUAAAUCACUGGAUUUUUUUUUCUUUUUGGUUUUGAUUUGCUCUGUUUUAAUCAAUCAAAUCUAGAAUUUAUAUCCUCUGCUAAAGAAUUUGAAUCAGCUGGUUUAAAUAUCAAAAGAUAUUUGCUUGUUGGGACAACUGGCAAAGUGAAAAGAUGCAGUCAAAAAUUGUAGAAUUCCUUUAAUUGUACGUCUCUGAUCAGUUGUGAAGCAAAAUAUCUGAAAUGAAUCUUUGAGUGGAGGGGGAGGGUAUUAGACUAUUUCCAAUAUAAAUAUCUUUUUCUUAGUUUAGGGGAACAAAAACUUGUAGUGAAAAGGAGUUUUCAUUCUUGGAAGUUGCAGAUCCACAAAAACUAAUAAUCUGGCCAAAAAAAAAAUUGUACACAUAAACACACACAUUCUAUAUAUGUAUAUACAAUGCUAUAUAGAUAUGUAUUUAUUAUAUCAUAAACUACAAUAGGUAAUUUUUAAGGAUUUCUCCCUAUCCUUGUACAAUGAAAUGAAUGUCUUUCUUUGAACACUGCAAUAUAUGUACGUUUCAAGGUUAUUUAACAGUGUACUAUGGUUUUAUAUCUUGACUUGCCUUGUACAUCUUUCAGUUCUGGAGUAUCUGCGUCUAAGCACAAUAUCUUCACACUGUGCUGUAUUGCUGCUGAACUAAAUGCACUUUUCCCCACAUGUGGGGCGCUGGCUUCAAACAAUUCAGUUCAGUACCAUUAGUUUUAAUCUCAUCUGUCCUUUCUUGAUAGAUGUUAAUACAGUUAUUGAAAAGAGGCACAUUGCAUAGAAGCCAUUGAUAGUUCAGUGGAAGUUGUGUAAGAUGUGCAUGUGCUAUUUGACAUAUUUUCUUUUUCGCUUUACUGCUUUUAAGGCUAGCAGUAUUGUAAGUGUGUGUCCCUUAUACAGUACUCUUUCUUUUGGUAGUGUUGGUCUAAGUCAAUUUAAUUAUUGAGGAGACUCACAGAGCAAGUACAUUCUAUAUAUCAUCCUAAAAAACACUUCCCAUAUAAUGAAUAACUAUUAAGUAUAAUUAUGGAUUGCUGCUUGUUUUUUUAUUUUUACUUUUUUGCCAUUUAGAUGGGCAUUGUGUUUUAAACAGAACGUUUUUGAGUUAAGGCUAUAAUAUUAAGAUAUAAAUGUGAAGUGUUUCAUUUUUCCUGGCACACAAAUUCAGUACUAGGUUUGAGGUUGAACCUAUCUUCUUAAUUGGCAUUUUUAUAAGGAGCAGUGUAGAAAUGGAAGGCAGGUGAAGAUAUAAAACCCUAGAAUGCUUAAAUGUGCUGUAAAACUAUUGUAGAUGUCACUGGAUUUUACCAAGUAAUAUUCUUCCUUCUUUUUUCCAUCUACUGUGGCAUUUCAGUUAAAAUUUUGUUUAUAAAAGAAAUUUGUUUAUUACAGCUCUACCUAGAGCUUAUGUGUACGUGUGGUUUUUUAAGUCUCGUGUCCAGGUGUGUUUUAGUAGUAAGGUGAUGGAACUCGAGUUUUAAAGGCAGUAACCUGAUGUGUUUUCUUGAAAAACAGUUAUGGUUAUUGUUUCUUAAAAUGAAAAUAGAUAUGGUUUUUAAAACACUUUGGUCCCCCUACCUUUCUUUAUAUUAGUCUAUUUUAGAAGUACAAAAUGAUCACAAAUCUUACAUAGAAGUGAUACAAACAGUAUAGGUGAGGAGUUAAAACAAUUUUUAAGGGGCAUAAAACAUAUGUCCUCUGUAUGGCUUCCACCUUGUAAGAAUUCAUGAAUUUCAUUACUACUACCAAGGAACUCAAACUCUAAUUAAAGUAUCCUUGUGAAAUCAAGAUAUUUAAUACAUAAUUAGUUGAAUAUACUAAAGGACAUUGUUGAAUGACUAUAUAUGAACUAAUACUUUUCCUGAAACUGCAAUGGAAUUAAUUGACAUAUCCAAGAAUUUUUCUUUCUUUUAAAGAAAUUAGGUUUGGUCUCUCCAUGAGGCUCUUAUGAAUAACUAAAACAAGAAUGUCAUAGAAUGUUACAUUGUCAAAACAUUGAUGUAAACUUUGCUUUUUGUUAAUAUGUAGUAGCAAAAUAGCAUUGGUAAUGACAAACAGUCCUUUUGUUUGAGUUUCUUUUUAAUUCUGAAUCAUAAUUUUAUUCCAAAAAAAAAGAGGGAGAUGCUAAACAAUUUGUGGACUUGACAGAUACAGAUGAAAACAGUAGAAGAUAGAAACUCUUGGAGGGGAAAAUACACAUAAAAUGUUUAUUUGUACUCUUAUUAAAAGGUAGAAAACAAACAGCAACUGCCUUCCCUCCCACUCUAUCCUGCUCUGAAGUGUUAGGACAGACCUAGCAACCCACUGUACUGCACCGCACUUUACAGUUGACCCAUCUGUCGAGCCUCUCUCUGAAGCAAGCAAGGCAUUUAAAAUCAUGCCCACUCUCCAAAGGAGGAUACUACACUUCAGACAGGCCAGUGGACUUGUCUGAAGUCCCACAUCUAAAACACUUAGGAAAAGGAACUUUGGCUUCCAAGCCAGCCUCAAGAAGGGCCCAGAAAACAGGAGGAAUGGAUCUUCACGAGAUUUACAGAUGGCUCAGGGUAGAACCAAACUGUUGGAGCCUCGGUAUAUCUGCCAUUACUGAAAGGCCCUACAGGGACCACCUCAUUGCCACCUUCCCCCACACCCUUUUUGUGGUGAGAUUCUAUGUAGAAAGCUGAAAUCGUGUGUCUAAAAUCAUACAAGUAUUGUGGCAGAGCCAGGCUAGAGCUGAAAAGCCUCUCAGAUUUUAACACACAUGGAAAUUCUUUACGUUCAUGUUGGCUAAUGGUUUUAAAAAAAAAGGGUGGGUGAUGCAAUUGAAAUGAGCUCUGAAAAUGUAAUUGCAUCUUUCUAAUUUGUCUCAUUGUACAACCUGAAUCAUCUAAAAUGGAUAAGCUGUUUAAUAUCACAAUUUAGUUUUUUAUUAUAACCUUUUGCUUUUCAUCUGAGUUAUUUCUAAGCUGUGUUUAUUGAGUCAGCUUGCAGAAUUUUAAUUGUUUAUCAACAAGAAUGGGUUAUGAUUAAGCGUGCAAAAUGACACUUUUAAAAUGGAAAGAGGGCACUAUCAAUUGCUGUAUUGGUCCAACAAGGCAUUAAGCAGAGCUUUCAGGCAAACCAGGAUAUAUGGUCACUCUUGCAUGAUUAAAAGUAGACGAAAGCAAAUGGCACAAUCCAAAAUAAGCAGGAAAAUAAUAAAUUCCUGAUCUUUAUCAAAUUUAACUAAAAUGAGUGAAUUUUGAAGAAAGGUUUCCUUCUGCAUGUACCAGAGGGUAAGAUAUAGUAUACCACAUAUCUUAUUUUGGCUAGUUUAGCCUCUGGGAGUCAAUUAGUGCAAUUGAAAAAAGCAUGACAGCCAGUCUUUGAUUGUAAAUCUCUGAAAAUCCAAAUAUGCAAGAGUUGUGACAUUGAUUUGGUAUCUAACAAAGUAUCUUGAAUGUUGUAUCAGAGUAUUACGAGAGUGUUUUGUAAAAUAGACACCAUACUUUAUUAUUGAAUAGAAUGCCUUCUAAACCUGAUAAUUCUGAGGAAACAAACAUUUGUGGGGUUAUUUUUUAACUUUGAAAGAAUAUAUAAGAUAUUUUUAGAGUUGUAAUUUUUAAAAACUGGAGUUGAUCAUUACCCUUAAGUGCUCUCUUUACUCACUUGAUUCUCCCACCGACAGCUGACAUUCUAAAUUUACACUGAGUGUAGAUAACUGUUUCUGAUGAGGACUGAAGAUGGAUAGUAGUUUAUGGUGUUUCAGAUUGGGACUUUUAAAAGUUUGGAAGGAGGAAUAGUCUCUAUGAAUAGGGCCAUCAUGUUUGGGUUUUGCAGAUUGUGCAGUGCACAGCAGCACUGCAUAUUAGGGGGUGUUCAUUUACAUCGUAGGUUUGUGUAAUAGUUUUUCAGCAGAUGGUAGCAAAAUACUUUGUUAUAACAAAAUCAGUAUAUGAUGUCAGUUGUAUGACAUGGAAGUAAAGGGUCUUGAAGAAAGAGCAUUUUCCCAUCAUUCACACAAAAGUGCCCUAUGGGCUAGUGGCAGUUUGAAGUAAGGAGAUUUGAUCUUUAUGCUAGUUUUUAAAGCUUCACCCUAGCAAUCCUAAUAACAAUUGAAUAAUGUUUAAAUGGCAUUAUAAGCAUUUUAUAUGUUAUAGGUAGUCCUAAAAAUGGUCUGUCUUGGAAAAUCUGAUUAGAGUCUAUGGAUGCUUUAUCAGUGACCAUAAUUGUUUAGAUUGCCUGUCCUUUUAUCUGUACUGGUGGUGUUUAUAUAGAGAAUUUAAUCUUCCACAGGUCUGAUGGGGCUUAAUAUACAAGUAGCAUUUGAAUUAGCCAUCUAUACCAUUCUCUCUUCAUGAUUUUGAAGAAAUUAUUGCUCAGUAAAUCUGUCCAUCUAGCUAGCAUUUAAGACCUGGUGCCCACUAUUACAGGGGAUUUUAAGUGUAUAGAUCAAAUCAUUUAAAUAUGAAUCUUCAAUAGAAAAGUAUAAGAUUAUAUAAUUUUUCCUCAUUUAAUGUUUUUUCUCCCUCCCACCUCAAAACUCACUUUUUUAACAGUUCAGAAAAUUGUCACUGCUUAGUAAAACUGCAACAAAGAAUUUUGUAUGGUCAAUAGUGUCCUUCAAUUAUAUUUUAAUCUACUGUCAGACUUGUUUUUAAUUAGAUGUACAAUAAUUUACACAACACAGUUUACAAAGCAUAGCGAGAACAGUACAAAAAUUGACAGUGUUUACGUAUGGAUUUUUCUAGCAAAGGUUAGGUUUCCACUGAUGUUUUAACAGGGCCUUGUACUAUGGUAAAUAUUUAGUAUUCUGAAUUAUUCUUCAAGGCUAAAAGGUAUAAACAGCUUUCAAAAAAUGUAUUUUUAACCUGAAUUGUUGAUUAUUUUGCCUAUAUAAAGAUUACCUUACCUUUUUAGUAAGUCAUUUUGUAUUAAGAUAUUCAAUAUAAAUAAUGUAAAUGUUCUGACAUUGAGUCUUUUAAUUCUUCCAAUGCUAAGUGUAACUGAAGUUGGACACGAAAUCAAUCUUUGAGUAUCAUUAAACCACGAAAAUGCAGAAGUGAGAAAUGACUUUUCACUCUCAUUUAAUCUUCUGGAAAACUUUGAAACAGCAAAUGCCAUUCAUACAGUGUACAAAAAGAAUGCAACAAUGUAUUUUGUAUGGUCAAUAGUAUCCUUCAAUAUAAUUGUUUAUAUUUACUAUAUUACAAAACCCCAAACUAUAGUUGUUAGUUUUUUUUUAAUACUACUAUUAGAGCAUAUAAUGAAUACAUCUAUAAUGAAGACCGUCUUAUAUUGGAGACGUUGAAUUAUUACAAGUAUUCCCUUAUUCUCUUAGCCUUCUGAUCCUAAUUGUAUUUUUAUCAUGUUCUCCAUGUGUCAUGGAGAAAAUGCUUCUUUGUUUUGUUUCUGUAACCUUUCAUAAGAAAGUCUGCCCUGACUAUACUGUUUAAGAUGUCUAUGGUUUGAGUGCAGGGUUUUAGAAACAUAAAGAUGUGAUACCAGCUAAAAAAAUUAUAAGUUUGUGUUAAAAGGGUUUCGUGAGAACAAAAGCUGUAAGGGUAAAAGAGACCUUGUC